UCGCCUCUCCGUGAGCUUGUGCGUGCAGUGCGACCCCAUUUCCAAAUGGUAUUUUGUGAAUAAAUAAAGGACUUCAAAAUGCCUAUGAAAGGAAGAUAUCCGAUCAGGAGGACGCUGGAAUACCUUCAGAAGGGCGACAUCAUCUUUAAAAACAAAGUGAAGAUCAUGACGGUGAAUUACAACACGCAUGGAGAGCUCAGCGAAGGAGCAAGAAAGUUUGUGUUCUUCAAUGUUCCUCAGAUUCAGUACAAAAACGAAUGGCUCCAAAUAAUGAUGUUCAAAAAUAUGACACCAUCACCGUUCUUGAAGUUUUACCUGGAGGAUGGGGAGCAAGUCUUGGUGGAUGUGGAAGGGAAGGACCACAAACAAAUUUCACAACACAUCAAGAAGAUUCUGGGAAAAACAGAAGCAAUGUUACAAGCUGAAGCCCUAGCCAGGAUGCAGGCUGCAAACCCCGCCAACUUUGGGCCCAAAAAGUACUGUCUGAGGGAGUGUAUCUGUGAGGUGGAGGGCCAGGUGCCGUGUCCUGGCACCAAGCAACUGCCCAAGAGAUGACUGGCAAAUAUCAAG